GCUGCCCGGGCGUUCUUUGAUGGGAUAACUGAUAAGGAUCUGGUGUGUUGGACGUCAAUGAUUGAAUCUUAUGCUCAAGCUGAUAUGCCCUUGGAGGCCUUGGGCCUCUUUAGAGAGAUGAUCUUACUGAAAAUUCAUCCUGAUUUGGUAACUCUUCUGGCUGUAGUUUGUACUUGUUCACAUUUGGCAUCUUUCCUGCAAGCACGUUUCAUUCACGGUUUUGUAAUUCGGAACCACUUCCAAAAUCAAGUGUCUCUUGAAACUUCUAUAGUCGACCUCUACGUGAAAUGUGGAAAUCUGGCAUAUGCCAGAAGAGUUUUCGAUCAAAUGCAGGAGAAAAAUGCAAUCUCAUGGAGCACCAUGAUUUCAGGUUAUGGGAUACAUGGCCAUGCUAGAGAAGCGUUAGACUUAUUUGAUCAGACGAAGGUGUUGCAGCAACCUGAUCACAUUACGUUUGUGUCGGUUUUGUCAGCAUGCAGUCAUGGUGGAUUGAUACAGGAGGGUUGGGAGCACUUCAAUUCCAUGAGUAGAGAUUUUGGUAUAAGACCAGGUUCUGAACAUCAUGCAUGCAUGGUUGAUCUCUUGGGUCGUGCUGGGCGACUUUGUGAAGCCUAUGACUUUAUUCAGAAGAUGCCAAUAAAGCCAGGUGCAGCUGUAUGGGGAGCACUGCUUGGCGCCUGUAGAAUUCAUUCGAAUGUAGAAAUGGCCGAACUUGCUGCAAAACAUAUAUUGGAGUUGGACUCUGAUAACUCUGGUCGAUAUGUUCUAUUAUCCAAUAUUUACACUUCUUGUGGUAAAAGAUUAGAAGCAGAUAAGGUCAGAGCUCAAAUGAAACAGAGAAGGGUGAGGAAAAUUGCUGGGCAUACUACUAUAUAUAGAGGUUAAGAACAUGGUACAUACAUUUGUUUUUGGGGAUAGGUGAGGUCACAUCCUAAAGCCGAUCUGAUAUAGGCUAAAUUGAAGAUAAUAAUGGGCAGAUUUCUUCACGAAGGAAUUGCACCGGACUUGAACCCUGUACUGCAUGUUGUGGACAAAGAGAUAAAGUAGAACGUGUUAUUUACAUACAGUGGAAAUUUUCAGAACAUAUUUUCCAUAUGGAUUGAUUUGGGCAAUAUUUCAAAACUGUUGCCUCUAAUUCGCCUAAUAGCUGUUACCUAUUCUCGUAGUAUAGGCAAUAGUUUUCUCAAAGUGUGGAUAUGGUAAACCCACUCGACAAAGAAAAGGGUAUCACACUUGAAGAUUUUAGGCUCAUAAAGAUGCACAUAGCUAAUGAUAUCUCAAAAUUGGCUCAAAAAAUUAAAGUUGGACGGGCGGAGGAUCGGAGAGAGUAAUAUGUUGGUCAGCCUUUGAGUGUCAGUUGCUAUUUCAGCUACGUGCGAGGCGUGUUUACGCCAGGUGUUCACACUCAAGGGGCAGAGGUCCUUCUGAGAUGGUUAGAACAUUGUGUCUUAUAUUGUUUGUUUAUCGCCUUUUGCUUUGUUUAUCACGGAUUUCAUAAUAUGUGAAACUCAACACUCAAGGGAAACACUGGUUCAAAAGUUCCAAGUAAA